AUUUCUUGCUCCGGAGCAAUUUGUUUCUUUUGAUGUUGGAAGCUGGAUGUGUAUUCCUCCUGCUGAAGCACCAGAAAAGCCAAUAUUAACAGGUUUUCCUCCUGCUGAAGCACCAUUCUGUGUAUUCAGGUCAAAAGGCCUCAUGGGUUUAGUGGAUGCAGUUGCUCCUGCAGGCGUUGGAUUCCGCCUUCUCUCUCUUUUCCGGAUGCGAGAGUGCCUGUGGAGAGGAAGGUGGAAGAAGAGCAGCGAAGCCAGGAAGUGGCGCAAGUAUCAAAGCAAUGUGUCGUUCCGAUAUAGGAAUCCCAUGCAGCACAAACAAACCUCUGUGAUGGGACAUGAGAACUGCUCUCUUUCUGUCGCGUGGGGCUCCUUCUGGAUCAACUCACUCAUGGUGUUCUUUUCCUGUAAAUGACACACGAAAAAGAAAGCUAGCGACGCAUGAGCUGUGUUGCACUGAAACGUCAUCAUGCACACCACCUGUAGGAAGCAGCAAGUCAUUCUUCCAUUGGAAAUCUGAAGAAUGAGAUGCUGCUUUCAUGCAGGAAGAACAGCUCAAAACUGGUGAGGUUGACAAGCAAGAACACCUCAUGUUUGAUGCACAGACAAGACACGGUAAAGACUGGCAGCAGCAUCUUGCCCCACGACUAGGUCACCUCCUCUCCAAGCAGUAGCAACAGGCGA